GCUCUGGUAAAAUUCCUUCCCGUGGAUUAGCUGAAGAAUUGGACAAAAAAUUAAAAAAGAAAAGAGUGAAGCGACAUCUUUGACUCACGGAACACUCCGAUGAUGACGUCGCAAAUGGUGUCAUUUGUUUUGAUAAUUGGAGCUAUUGCCAUCACCUGUGGAGCUGCGGGCCUUUUUGUCACCGAAUCUGACCAAAAUGGCGUCCAAGACCCGCUUGUUUCCCCGGCUGAUGAAACCAAAGUUGCGCUCCACACGUAUACUGGUGAGGAUGGGAUUCCGGACACUUACAUUGUAAAACUGAGGAAAGACGUGACCGGCCAGAACGUGGCAGACGUUCGUGAUGCUUUAGAAUCUGAGCUCCUGUCGAGCGCUGAGGGGCGUUUAACUGCCCUAGGGAGGAGUGCUCGAGUCGGCGAGGUGAUGGAUUUCAAUGAAGUUCAAAUGGUCGUAGUGGAGGCAGUAAAGGAGGACAUUCAACGGCUGCGGCAAAAGACAGAUAUGAUCGAGGCCAUCUACCAGGACGGUGUGGUGACCACCGCACAGAUAUGUUUCUGCCCAUGUGAUUGCCCAGCUGAGGACAGGCCCAAUAACAAGGCCUGCCAAACGUCGACGAAUACUGCGGGGAAUUGGGGACUUGAUAGAAUCGACCAAAGAGACGCCGCCCUUGACGGGGCAUUUAAUAUCGUUGGUACAGGCAGCGACGUGAACGUGUACAUUCUGGAUUCCGGGGUCUACGCUGAGCAUGAAGAAUUUCUUCGCGAAGACGGCUCAAGUCGUGUCACAUAUGGCGCCAAGGCCAAUGCAUCUUGGGACGAUAAUGACGUCAUGGGUCACGGGACACACCUGGCUGGUAUUAUUGGCGGGAAAAAUGUGGGCGUGGCCAAAAAUGCCAACCUGAUCAGUGUCAAAGUGCUUGAUGACUUUGGCAUGGGGCAAAUCAGCGGUCUUGUCAGCAUGAUGUACUGGGUUUGGUUAAAAGUCCUUAUAUACAGAAGAAAAUCUCUUCUAGUGCUGUCUGUAGUAUCUCCGUGGAAUGAAGCCUUGAAUUCGGUAGUGAACGAUUUAGUAAAUUUCGAAAUCAUGGUAAUAGCAGCGGCUGGAAAUGGAAACGUGCCAACGCGCUAUGUUUCACCCGCCAGUGCGGCACAAGCUGUCGCCGUUGCAGCUUCGGACAUAGGUGACACUAGGGCAAUCUUUUCAAAUUACGGCGAGGAAAUAUUUCUAUGGGCCCCAGGAGACAUGAUCAAGAGCAGCUCGCCCGGAUCUCCAAACGAAUACACCGUUCGCUCCGGCACAUCCAUGGCGAGUGCCUUUGUUGCCGGUGCCGCAGCAGCCUACAUGAGUUCGCUUGAUUACAAUCCAACACCCCAACAGGUUAAGACGUACCUUCACGAGCAAGCAAGCGAGAAUGUGAUUACGGACAGCCCCACUGAGUUCAACUGCCGCACAGAGUUGAUUUGCCUUAGACCGAACUUUUGCGACGCUCAGACGGUGUGUGAAAGCGUCACGACAACCGCUAAGUUUCUCUAUGUCGGAUGUAGUCAGGAUGAACCGAAGAAAAGUAAAAAGAGUAAAAAGAGUAAAAAAGGCAAAAAGACUAAAAAGAGUAAGAAAGGUAAAAAUAGUAAAUAAACAACAUGACUGAUUAUUGUACCAUUUUAACAUACUUAGUUGAUGUGUAAAUAAACGGCUUUUAAUGAA